UAAUAAUGUUCAAUAAAUUUUUGUUUCUGCGGAUGAUACCACCAUAAGGCAUCAUUGGGUCCAGCACCGCCCCAACUCUGUAAACAGGCACGGCCGAGUGCGUGGUAGUGGGGGAAGUCACGAGCAAUAUCUGUGAAGAUUUGAGGGAUUUGUCAGCAGUUUGAGGAAGAAGAGCAGAUUCAUGUAAAUGAAGGACUUAUGAUUCAAACCACGUUGUUCUGGAAGCAGUGACUCUUGCUUGACAGAGGAUGAGGGGUCUGAUGGUUUAAAGAUUCUUUAUCCUAACCAGACAGGUCUAGUAAUCAAAUCCAAUCCAAUUCUACGAAAAUGUUUGUUUGGUUACUUCUGUUCUCUCAAAACAUCUCAAAACAUCAGACAAUCCACGCAAGGAUGGUUCCCAAAGGUAAAGAUGACUCCCCAUCCACCUCCAUCAAUGUUAUUCUAUUUGGACAUCUGGCGAAAGACUUUUACAGUGCUGCCAAAAUAGCGGAUGUGGUUGUGGCCUCUGGCUUCACUGUGGGCAAAUCUCCCACUGCUCACAAGGACAAACUGCACCCCUAUAACCUGCUGCUGAAGGGGGACAAUGCCUUUAUCUAUGUGUCUCAAAAGCUCUUAGCUGCUCCCAGGUCCACAGCUGCAGUGAAGAGGACCACCAAGCAUCCUCCUGAGGCUCCCAGACCCGCCAAGAUUGUCAAGUACACAUACACGAAAAUUGCUGAUCUCAAAGCAGGAACUGUGGUCAACGUAUAUGGGGUGGUGGUGUUCUUCAAACCCCCUUACCAAAGCCGUGGCACCGACAUUUGCUCGAGUGUGAAUAUCAUUGAUCAGUCCAACAGGAAGGUCUGCUGCACCAUCUUCUGUGCAAAGAUCACAGCUCACCCCCAAAUUCUUCGAGUAGGAGACAUCAUCCGCAUGCACCGGCUGAAGGCCCAAAGUUUUAACGGCACCCUCAAUCUCAUCAGCACGGCUGGCUUUUCUGUGGUAACGUUUGAUGGUGCAGUGGACAGACCUAUAGAGCCACGGACCUCCUGUCGGUCUUUUGUCUUUGAUGAAGAUGACCGACUGACUGUGGAGGAACUUCGAUCGUGGGCUGCCACCAACAGUGUCCUGCCUCCGACGCAGAUGGUUGUUCUCAGUGAAGUUCAGCCCAACACCUUCUUUGACCUGACCUGCCAGCUGCUGGCUAAAGCUACUGUUGACUCCAACUGCGUCAUGCUGAGGGUCUGGGAUGGGACCCGAUGUCCACACAAAAUGCUCAAUGUGGUGCCUGACCCAAACUCAACAGAUGGACCGACCAGUUUCCCUGACCAGCAAAAGGAUUUCAUUCUCAACAUCUUUGUCUAUGACAACCACGUGCAGCAAGCCGAGCAGCUAAAGCCUGGAGACUUUUUAAGGGUCUACAACAUACAUGCAAGUCUGGGAUCAGAUAAAGAACCAGGUGUCAGAGUUGAUACAGGUGGGGAAGGAUGUCACUUGACCUUAGCGCUACAUGGAGGCACGUCAUAUGGCAAGGGCAUCCAAGUUAUACCUGAGACCAGCCCUGAUCUGAUGGACAUGAAGAGAAUAAUGAAUAACAUUGUUGAUGAUAUAAAAGAUAGUCCGUCUGAUUCCGACAUGCUGGACGUCUGGGUCACGCCGCCCGAAUCACCAGAUUGCCUGCUUCAGUUUUGCAUUGGAAGAAUGUGCACUCACAGACUCCAGUCGGUGUCGCUGGCUGAGGUGAAGCAGUCUGAUCCCGGGGGACGACAUCACGUAAGAGUCCAGCUGAAAUCCUACGAGCCACAGCUGCUCUACCAGUCCCUCAAGCUCCACUGCAGCGAGUGUUUGACUCUACAAGAAGUUCCAGAUGAUGAUGCCGUGGCAAGAAUCUUUGAAGAGGCAUUGGGGGACUCAAGACUCAGUUCCCCAGCAUGGCUGAUCCCCAUCCCGAUCUCCAGUACACACAGAUCCAAGAUGGCUUAUGUUUUCAGACAGGUAGCCACUAAUGUUCGAUCCAAUGGAGGCUUGCUUCUCAGAGGUUGCACUCUGGAGGAGGCAUGUCAGCUGACAACACUGGUUACCAAUGUUGUCCCUGUGAGAGAGUCGGAAGGAAGAAUUGCUCUGCUAGAUCUGACUGCUCCGUUUCUCUUCAGGGGAAAAAGGCGAUUUUACGGGUGUAAGCAUUGCUCCAAUGCGCAGCUGGUCGUACCACAAUGGCAAGGCGUCCAUACCAUCAACGAGGAACUUGUUGCAAAAGCUUUUGGAAUUCAGAUGCUGAAGUAUGUCCUGCUGUUUAAACUGGAGCUUCAGGACGCCACAGGCACGCUGGACGCCCUCUUGUGGAGGGACGCGGAGACAUUUUUCAGCGUGUCAGCAGACGAUGCAGCAACCAAUCAGGAGGCCCAGGACAACAUCCGCCAGACCAUGGACUUCCUCUGUCCACAGGAGGGCAGCAAAGCUGAGCGACCAUGGCUCGAGGUGUGUCUCGCCACGUACCAACCAGACGACUCACAGAACCAAACAUGCUACCAGAUCUGUGACACCACCGUCCAUCGACCUGCCUGACCCUCAAACUCUAGCAAGUCACGUCAGCAUUUGUUGAAUAUUUGAGUUUCAUAUGUUCAUCUUACAGUAAUGUAUUUGCAAAUAUUAAUGAAAAAUAAAUCAUCUAUUUAUAAACAGUCGUCACCUCACCUGUCACCUUAGUUUCCUUUGUCAUUGACAAUUCUACCAUUGUUUGUGAACUGUGAAUUAUUAUAUUUCAAUUUCAGAAAAAAAAAACCUACUGUCACAUUCACGUGGUGCAUUGCUGAAAAAUUCAAUAAUUCCUUGAAGGAAUCCAAAAACUGAAGGAAUUUCCUCCACAGUUUUACUCGCAAUUAAAAUAGUGAACACGCGGGGGCGCUAGUUGCGGAAGCCUCUGCUCACGACCCACGUCUCAUGCGCUCUGGAUCGCUCUCCCUGCAGCGAAUUGACUGAAAACAUUAGACAUGUUUAUCGGUUUCGUGUUGAAGCUUGAGAAUUGUGGUCUUUCAUUUUUUUUUUUUCUGGCACCAAAUCAAUAAGAAAUUAAGAUUCUUGUGCAACUGUUGAGUCGCAGCACAAUCCUAAAUCAUUUUUGUUUGGGUCAUAAAAGACCUGUCAACACCCUCACCAGCUUUCCCUCACGAUUUCUACGUCUGUUCGGCACCUUUCUUUGGUCAUGUUCAAUUGACCUGACAUGCCAUGUCAGUAUAGUUCAACACAAGCCCGUGAGUUGCAACUCCUCUGUCAUUCUUAUCUCCACCGAUGGAGACUUCUUGUGUUUGUCUCACAGUUUUGA